AGGUCAGUGGCAGGUUCAACGGUUAAAUUUGGUUAUAUUUAAACGUCCAGACGUUUGCAUGGUCUUAGUAUUCGAAAUGUAUUCAACGACAACGUUCAGGGUCUGAACGACUUGUCGUUGCUAGCUCUGUUAUCGUGAUCCUCAGGGCCUUAUAUCACCAAACGCUGACUCUCCCUGUUAUCGGCUUAAUCCAACUUCCACUCCCACAGAAAAAUGGCUAUACUCUUUACUCUCUCGUCCUCCGCUUUCCUUCCUCCUUUAAAACCCAUUACGCCCUUCUCUUCUCUUGUCAAGAGCCGCACUCUCCUAGUCAAAAGAUCAAUUUUUAUAUCCUCCUCUCUCCAACAAUCAACUGAGCCAGCGGUAUCUCUGCAGACCUUCUGGAAAUGGCUGGGUGACCAAGGCGUUGUAUUAAAAAAGUCCCCUGCGAGGCCCGGUGUAGUCCCUGAAGGACUGGGGCUGAUAGCAGAGCGAGACAUUGCGAAAAAUGAGGUGGUUUUAGAGAUCCCCAAGAAGCUUUGGAUAAACCCAGAUGCAGUUGCAGCUUCUGAUAUUGGAAGUGUUUGUAGUGGACUCAAGCCUUGGGUCUCUGUGGCUCUUUUCUUAAUCAGAGAGAAGCUGAAGGAGGAUUCUACAUGGCGGCCUUAUUUGGAUAUACUUCCUGAGAGUACUAAUUCCACAAUAUAUUGGUCAGAAGAAGAGCUAGCUGAGCUUCAAGGAUCCCAACUGCUGCGCACAACAUUGGGUGCAAAAGAAUUUUUGCAGCGGGAAUUUCUAAAAGUAGAAGAAGAAGUCCUUGUUCCUCAUAAAGAACUCUUUCCUUCCCCUGUAACAUUGGAUGAUUUCAUGUGGGCAUUUGGGAUUCUCAGAUCAAGGGCAUUUUCUCGUCUUCGUGGGCAAAAUCUUGUUCUGAUCCCCCUUGCUGACUUGAUCAAUCACAGUCCUGAUAUAACAACAGAAGAUUAUGCAUAUGAGAUUAAAGGAGGUGGUCUUUUCUCCAGAGAUAUUCUAUUUUCGUUGCGGUCACCCAUUUCAGUCAAGGCUGGUGAGCAGGUUCUGAUCCAAUAUGAUUUAAAUAAGAGCAAUGCUGAGUUGGCUCUAGACUAUGGCUUCAUAGAAAGAAAGUCUGCCCGCAAUGUGUAUACCCUGACACUUCAGAUAUCCGAGUCAGAUCCAUUUUUUGGAGACAAGCUGGAUAUUGCUGAAACAAACGGUUUGGGUGAGACUGCAGAGUUUGACAUUGUACUAGGCAGUGCUCUUCCACCUGCAAUGCUUCCAUAUUUGCGAUUGGUAGCACUUGGGGGUGCUGAUGCUUUUCUCCUAGAAUCUAUUUUCAGAAACACCAUCUGGGGCCACCUUGAAAUGCCAAUAAGCCGUGCUAAUGAGGAGCUUAUAUGUCGAGUGGUCCAAGAUGCUUGUAAAUCUGCUCUUUCUGGAUACCAUACCACGAUUGAAGAGCAGCAAUGCUUUCUUCACAAGUUAUAUGCUCGUGGUUAUCUAAAAGAAAACCCACAUACUGGUUUCAGGAUGAAAAGUUAGAAGGGGCAGAUCUUAAUCCAAGGCUUGAGAUUGCAGUAGGAGUAAGAGCAGGGGAAAAGAAGGUGCUGAAGCAAAUUGAUGAAAUUUUCAAGCAGAGAGAAUCAGAAUUGGAUGAGUUAGAGUAUUACCAAGAAAGGAGGCUCAGAGAACUUGGGCUAAUUGGAGAGCAAGGUGAAAUUAUCUUCUGGGAGUCCAAAUAGAGAAGUUGCAUCAAAUGUCAAAGAAGUUGAGAUCACAAAUAAAAACAAAAUCAAGUUAAGCACAUUGCUAUGAGGAGGAAAGAAAAGAGUCCUCUCCUUUAUGAGUUGGUUGAGAGAAAAGCAAGGAAGCUCCUGUUUCUGCAUUCAAUCAUGUAACAAGAGUUUUGCUUCAUAGUAAUGCUCCUGGUUUAAAUUUUCAUCCUAUUCAUACCCCUAGAUCCAAGAUGUUUGUAGGCUGAGCUAUAUAUUCUUAGAUUGCUGUAUCACGGAUGGUAGCUGCCUGUGUACAAGAAAUAUAUUGGCAUUUUCCUGCUUGGGCA